GAAGGAAGACACGUGGGCUGGGGAGUUAGUUGUUAAGUAGGGGUAGUUUAGUCAUUCGAUGCGCAGAAUAGUAUGACCCCCUCUCUCGCUCUACAUAUACAAAGCGAAGCUGCGAAAGCGGAACGCAUACAGAGGGCAGUGCAACACAGACAGAGGAGAGGGGGGAGAGAGAGCUUGUUUCAAUGGCUACGAAACCAGGAAUCCUCACAGAUUGGCCAUGGACCCCCCUCGGCAGAUACAAGUUUGUGAUACUGGCGCCAUGGGCGGUGCACAGCACAUACAAGCUGAUGAAAGGGGGGGAGGAGGAAAGGGAUUGGGGUUACUUCCUCAUAUUCCCAUACUUGCUCCUACGAAUGCUCCAUAACCUCGUUUGGAUCUCUCUCUCUCGUUACGUCACCGCCAGAGGCAAGAGGCGUAUCCUCGACAAGGGCAUCGACUUCAACCAGGUCGAUAGAGAGACCAACUGGGACGACCAAAUAUUGUUCAAUGGAGUGUUGUUCUACGUCGGGUACAUAUUAAUGGAGGGGGCGAAGCAAAUGCCGCUGUGGAGGACGGACGGAGCGGUGAUGACGGCUCUGCUUCACGCAGGACCGGUCGAGCUUUUGUAUUAUUGGCUCCACAGAGCUCUCCACCACCAUUUCCUCUACUCUCGUUACCAUUCUCACCACCACUCCUCCAUUGUUACCGAACCCAUCACCUCGGUGAUACAUCCGUUUGCGGAGCACAUAGCCUACUUUGUGUUGUUCGCGAUCCCGAUGAUAACGACGGUGGUGAAGAGGACGGCGUCGAUCGGAUCGAUCGCAGGGUACAUAUUCUACAUAGACUUCAUGAACAACAUGGGCCACUGCAACUUCGAGCUCUUCCCCAAACGCCUCUUCCUUCUCUUCCCUCCCCUCAAGCUCCUCUGCUACACUCCCUCAUUCCACUCGCUGCACCACACGCAGUUCCGGACAAACUACUCGCUUUUCAUGCCCUUUUACGACUACAUCUACGGGACGACCGAUCAAUCGUCGGACGCGACGUACGAGAAAUCUCUGGAGAGGGGAGAAGAAAGGCCGGACGUGGUUCAUCUGACCCAUCUCACCACCCCAGAGUCCAUUUACCAUUUGCCCAUCUGCUUCGCUUCCUUCUCCUCUUACCCUUUCUCUUACAGAUGGUUCAUGCGCCUCUUGUGGCCUCUCACCUCUCUCUCGAUGCUCUUCACUCUCUUCUAUGGCCGCCCUUUCGUCUCCGAGAGGAACUCCUUCAAGAAGCUCAACUUGCAGUCCUGGGUCAUACCCAGAUACAACCUCCAGUAUUUGUUAGAAUGGAGGAAAGAAACGAUCGGCAAGAUGAUCGAGGAAGCGAUACUCGAGGCAGAUAGGAAAGGAGUGAAGGUGUUGAGUCUUGGGCUCAUGAACCAAGGGGAGGAGCUAAACAAGAAUGGAAAGGAGUACAUAGAGAAGCACCCGGAGUUGAGAGUGAGAGUGGUGGAUGGGAGCAGCUUGGCGGCUGCUGUCGUGAUCAAUAGCAUUCCAAAAGGGACGACCGAUGUUGUCAUGAGAGGCUCUCUCACAAAGGUGGCUUAUGCCAUCGCCUCUGCUCUCUGCCGAAGGGGCAUUCAGGUCACAGCGCUGCGUAGAAACGAGUACGAGAGACUUACGUUGUGUGUCCCAGCGGAGUGCAAAGGCCGUCUGCUCUAUUCAACCUCUAAAACCCUACCUUCUCACAAGAUAUGGUUGGUAGGAGAAGGGAUGGAUGAGAGGGACCAGGAAAGGGCGACGGAGGGUACAGUAUUCAUCCCUUUUUCACCAUUCCCUCCCAAGGAGUUGCGCAAAGAUUGCAUUUACCAUACAACACCCGCCUUGACAGUCCCCAAAUCUCUGGAGAACUUCCACUCCUGCGAGAACUGGUUACCGAGGAAGGCAAUAAGCGCAACAAGAGCAGCCGGAAUACUGCAUGCAUUGGAAGGAUGGGAGACGCAUGAGCAUGGCUCCACUCUCCUCCAUGACUUGGACUUCAUAUGGGAUGCCUGUCUUGGCCAUGGCUUCCGUCCUCUCCCUUUUCCACCCAUUUCAAACCAAGUUUGAAUAUAUAUAUGGAGGGGAAAAGCUAUAAUUAGUUAUACCCCGUGUGAUGGCCACAUAUAUAACUCUAAUGAUUCAGACGUAUUUCAUAAGUGUGCUGAACUUUUCUAUGAUUGUUGUAACAAUUGAUCAAUAUAUAUGCGCUAUUUCGUAUGUU